UUUGUUAUAAUUUGUCAAGUAGUUGAAAUAUGUCAUACAGUGUUGUUAGAAAGCCCUCAUAUUUUGAUCAUGAUGUUGUAUGGGUUGCGUUAUAGUUGUAUUUCCUCCCUUGUUGAGCUAAUCGGAUGUUUGUGUUUUUUUACGUAAUGUCCUUGAACGCACCUCGUGUGUGACGUAGCUUUUCUCCAUGUUGCAGCACAGUUGUUAGCUAGUUCUCUCCUGUGCACAUGUCUGAACUGGAUGCAUGUUGCAUUUUUUUCUUCCUUAACCUGCUGUGUGUAAAUGAUGAAGCCGUGCAGUGUCCAGGCAGUACCAGAAGGAGACGCUCUGCUGAACUGUUGAAGCGUAAAGCUCAGCUGGAGAGCCACUACAAGGAGAAGCUGCAGCAUCGCUGCUGUAAAGACGGCCUCAGGGAGAUCCCGAUGCCGUAUUCCUGCACGCGACGUUCCCUCUACAUCACUGAGGGCUGGGAAUGCAUCCGAGCUUUCCGACACUGCUGCGCCACUUACAGGGACCAGGUGUUUGACACAGAGAUUCCCACCACCCCACCAACCACAACUGCAGCUCCCACCACCUCCUCUCAACCCUGGACUGUCAGUCAUACUUCCAGACGAGAGAAAAUAACUCUCCCGAUAUAA